AGUACAUUCUUAACCCUUUCUUAGAGAUCUCCUUUACAUUGUAUCCCGUUCGAAAUUUAGGACCAGAGUCAGACCACACCCGCUCGUUUAGAUCUUAAAUGGAUAUCGCAUGUAAUUUCAACCCUUACAGGAAUUCGAAACAACGCUAUUUAAAGGGGAUAUGCACGGACAGAGGGCUCAAGUGGUGGUGCAUUGGAUGUAGGAAGCGGUCGUAUCUUUCCCUCGCUGCAGAAGGUAGAGGUUAAAAAGCUGUGGGAACGGCUUAGAGGAAAGAGGGGGGCGGGAGGAAAGGGAAGGGGUACGGGAGAAAGGCAGGCAGGGUGUUUCCUUAACUUCAAGGAAGAGUUUAAUCAGAAGUUAAUAGCUUAUUGUGGGCAAUUAAAACGAUACACCACUGAGAACUGGGAAACAGUAAAUUAUCAAAUUAUAAAACACAGAAACAAGAUGAGACCGCGAUGUUGGGAAUAGGAAAAAGGCACCACGGUCUGGAAUAGGGUGAAUGAUGGAGGGAGAGACAGAGAAAGACACAGCGGAGGAAAAGGAGCGUGAUGAGACACAGCUGUCUGCUGGGGAAGAGGAAGGGGCGGGGCGACUUCAUCAGAACGGAGGGUCCUCCGAGGACGACCAGGACCUACCCAUCAUGCACUGGGAGGACCUGAGCCUGAGGAUCGCUGAGCUGGAGAAACAGGAGGAGGAGAGGAGAGAAAGGGCAAAGAGUACAAGUGGGUCGGAACAGGGGAGUGUGUCAGGGGGCUGGGCGGAGGAGAGGCAGGGUGGGCUGUGGAGGAGAGAUGAAUGGGAGGAUGAGGAGGACUACGGAAGAUGUCGAGUUGCGGUUGUAUCGUCUAGAUUCCACAACCACAAAAAUCUACAGUUAUGCUACAUCAACAACAGUGAGAGUGAGGAUGAUGAGGCGGAGGAAGGGGCUGUCAAAGAGGGUUCUAUAGGGCCAGGUAGCCAUGGUUACCGCCCCUCUGGCCUGAAGCUGGAAGUGAGGGCCGCACUGAGCGCGCUCAAAAACAAGCUGCUAGCCGAACAGAAAGUGGAGCACCUUGCCUGUAGUAGUGUGAUCACUAAGAGGACUCAUCUGGAACGCUGUGACCUGCAGACCUGCUCAAUACAGCAGCUCAACUCCCUCAGGACCUCACUCAACCACGACAUACACGACCUGAGCUCAGAGUUGGUGGGUCACCUGUUGAUAAGGGACCAGCUGAGGACCAAACAGGACGCCAUGCUCCUGGACGUACAGGAUCUGACAUAACCCUGACCCACAGGUGCACAGGACAGUGGAUAAAGUGAUGCUGUCCAGGAUAUGCCACUAUGAGACUGUCAGAAGUGUUGCCAUAAUAUCCUACUCAACAUAUGAUUCUUCGAUAAGGAGAAAUGUUGAGGAUGAACACUGAGCACUAUCUUGGACCGGCGUCAUAAUGCAAUCCAUAUUACACAGACAGGGAAUGGAUAACUUUCUCUUCAUCAUGCCCACCUAAUCUUGACCAGCAUAAUCUUCUUCAUCAUCGUCAUUUUCAUCAUUAGUGGAGAGAGGACUGUAUUAGGACCUGUUUUGAUGUACGCAUGCACUUAAUUAACAACAAAUAUUUCAUAUCAGAAAGAGGAGUUGAAGCCAUUUGUGAUGUUGUUUGAAACAUCUCUAAUAAUAUCUGACUCCUAGUCUGUUGCCGGUGGUAAGACAAAUCUUAUCUUGGGAGAACCUUCACAGCCAUAGUUUAACCCAACAUUCAAUGAGUUAUAUCAUUUACAUAUCUGAGGGAUACCAGCUUUUCCACAAGUUUUAUUGUGUAAACAUUGCAAUAUCCUUGACUUACUAAUGUAAGGGAAUUGUCCACUUACAGCCUGUGUAAAACAAGCUAAGGGGUUACAUAUUCAGGCUAAAGGGAACUGUCCUGUAACAAUUUGGUAGAGAAGCUUCUUUGUUGCUAAUUUAGGAUAAUUAUCCUCUUGUAUAGUUGCUGAUGUAAGGGAAUUGUCCACUUAUAUUGCCUAUAAGCCUGUGGGUAUUGACAUGCAUGUUGACUCUUGUGAUAUACCUAGGUGGUUUGUGGCCAUAACUAUAACUACCACCAGCAUAGGAAACCACAAAGCUGCUAUUGGGUGAUUCAAUGCCAACAAAGGCCGAAAAGAUUUUGGUAUCUCAGAUUGUUCUGGCAAUUCUCACAUAGAAACUUCAUUGGGAGGAAGGAUGUUUGAUAGGCUUUUUACAUUUGUAACACAAAACAUUUUUUUGUGAAAGUGGCCAUUUUAGGCCCUUUCUAGACCUAUACAUGCCCCCUGUAAGACCUAAUGAUCCAUGAACCGUACAUGAUAAAGACAACACCUUGGUGUCAUUAUUCUCCUAAUAGUGUGCUAUAAAAUAUGGAGUAUUGCUACAUUCUGAAAUACAAUAUUAUUUUGGGUUCUCUACUACAUUUAAAGUUAAUACAUUUUAUGUACGCCAUCAACACAGUGAAUGGGAAAAUGGAUUCAAAGGGAACUGUGAUUGGUUAAUGACCUAUGUCAAUUUCUAUGUAUAAAAUUGAUCAUUUCUUCAAAAGUAGCAGAGCGCCCACUCUGGAAAUGUGAUGUGUUUGAAGAUGUCUAAAAAUAAGCCAAAUCAAAAAGGGUACUUUUGAGAUAUUAAUAAUUAUAUUCUUUAUGUUGAAUAAAUUAAUGUGAACAUUUUUAUUUCAGAAUAUAGCCAUACUCCAUAUUUUAAAGCACACUAUAAGGAGUAUAAUGACACCAAGAUGUCUGUACCAUGUACGGUUCACGGAUUAUAUGGUCUAAAAAAGGUUUGUGAUACAAAUGUAUAACGUUUUUAUGUGAGAAUAGCAUGGGAAUUGUGGUCAUUUGAGAUAUGAAUAAUUAUAUUCUUUAUGUUGAAUAAAUUAAUGUGAACAUUUUUAUUUCAGAAUAUAGCCAUACUCCAUAUUUUAAAGCAUACUAUAAGGAGUAUAAUGACACCAAGAUGUCUGUACCAUGUACGGUUCACGGAUUAUAUGGUCUAAAAAAGGUUUGUGAUACAAAUGUAUAAAGUUUUUAUGUGAGAAUUUCUAGAACAAUCUGAGAUACCUUAAAAAAAAAAAAGGGGCCGUGCCGGAGUGGAAUCGCCCUAUUCCAUCCACUAUGUCUAGGUACAAGAUACUUUCCUGACCAUGUGACCUCACCAGGAACAACACCAGGCUCUAGUUACUGACCUAGUCUUUCCUGUUCAGGUCAUAUGGUCUAGAAAAACUCCUGGCCAUAUUACCUUUUGUGCCUUGACCAGCAAUUAUUAUAUGUUGUACUUUCACAUAAUUGUGUGUAUUUGUAGUUUUAUGGAAGAAUGAACUGUGAUAGCAGAUUCAUAGCCAUAGGAAAGGGAUGAGUGCUCUGAAGUAACAUUGAACUUUUUUGUCUCUGAAGUAUUUUUCAGUAUUCACUUUUUAAAAAAUAAUUUUGCAUUCAAUAAACCUUAGUUAUUUCA